AUGAUCACUGUCCCUAAAGAAGCAGGUGGCGCUGGUAUCACACCGAAACAUGGCGAAUGGAAAUGUGUCGAUGCGAUCUUCCCGCUGCAUGAUGAGGCCAUGAAUAAACAGUGCAUGAAGGACUGGAGCCAGAAGACGUUUUUGUCGGCUGAUGAUUUGGAUCAGAUACGCAAUACGUUCGGAGAGAAUGUCGGCUUUUACUUCGCAUUCCUACAGUCAUACUUUAGGUUCCUCAUGUUCCCUGCCGUAUUCGGUUUCUCUUGCUGGCUGCUCCUCGGAUCCUUCUCCAUCAUAUAUGCGGUUGUGAAUAGCUUGUGGUGUAUCAUUUUCAUCGAGUACUGGAAGCGCCAGGAGGAGGAUCUGAGCUGUCGUUGGCAAACAAAGGGCGUCUCGGUUGUGCGGCCCAAGAGACGCGAGUUCAAGCCCGAAAGGGAAGUUCAGGAUGAAAGCACUGGUGAGGUCAGGGGGGUAUUCCCCGCGACCAGGCGGAUGUAUAGACAACUGCUGAUUGUCCCGUUCGCCUUGCUUUCCGCGGUUGCAUUGGGUGUCAUCAUCGCCACAUGCUUUGCCAUUGAGAUCUUCAUCUCGGAGGUAUACAAUGGUCCACUGAAGACCUACUUGGUCUUCAUUCCCACCAUUCUGCUCUCGGCUCUCAUCCCAACGAUGAGCUCGGUCCUGGUGUCGAUCGCUACGAAGCUCAAUGACUACGAGAACUACGAGACGCAGCCUGCAUACGAUGUGGCUCUGACGCAGAAGGUGUUCAUUAUCAACUUUAUCACCUCGUAUCUGCCAAUCAUUCUCACAGCCUUUGUCUACGUACCUUUCGCGAGCCGGAUCGUGCCGUACCUUGAUGUCUUCCAUCUGACUGUUCGGCCGUUCGUGUCGAAGGAAGACGCAAGCUCACGGAGGACAGAAUUUAGCAUUGACCCGGACCGUCUGCGCAAGCAGGUGAUCUACUUCACCGUCACAGCCCAAGCUGUCAACUUUGCCAUGGAGACCAUUGUGCCUAUGCUGAAGCAGCGCCUUUCCCGCGAAUACAAGCAAUACAACCGCAGAAAGCAAGGAAAGAUCGAGACCGAGGAUGGCACCGAGGCCAAGAAAGAGGCAUUGUUCGACGACCACCCCGACGAGACCAAGUUCCUGACCCGGGUACGCAACGAAGCCGACUUGGAGGACUACGACGUGACUGAAGACCUGCGAGAGAUGUGCAUCCAGUUCGGAUAUCUGGCCUUGUUCUCUCCUGUCUGGCCUCUCGUCCCCGUCUCCUUCCUGGUCAACAACUGGGUGGAGCUUCGGUCCGAUUUCUUCAAGAUCUGCAUGGAGUGCAAGAGACCCUGGCCGCAGCGCGCCGAUACCAUUGGACCCUGGCUGGAAAGCCUCGGCUUCCUGUCGUGGGUCGGCAGCAUCACCAGCUCCGCCCUUCUCUACAUGUUCAGCAACGGCCAUGAAGGCCCGAACGGCGAGCCUACCGGUAUCCGCGGAUGGGCUCUGCUGCUGACGAUCGUCUUCUCCGAGCACAUCUACCUCAUGGUUCGGUAUGCCAUCCGCGCCGCCAUGGCCAAACUGGAGCCCCCGAACGCCAAGAAGGAGCGUACGGAGCGGUACCUUAUGCGCAAGCGGUACUUGGAGUCGACGAUCGCGGCGCGCAGCAGUGAUGACGAAGGGGAUGAGCAGGGGCCGGAUCAAUCCAUGGAAGUGCCUGAUAUUACGCGGAAGUCAUUGGAAGAGGAUGCUCGUGAGUGGUCGACUCACGACAUUGACCCGGCGGAACGGUUCUGGAUGCGACAGAAGGGUUGGAAAGAGUCGGCGCAUGUUGGGGCCACUAUUAUCAAGACGCUGGCGACUGAGCCCACGGUGAAGAAGGAGCAAUGA